ACGAACUCCUACACUGCGGUUCGUAAACUUGACAGUCUGUAAGGUUGACGUACGUGAAUCUUAUAAAAUUGAAAUAUGUCGGGUAGUAGGCUCCUUAUUUUGACCGUAACCAUAUCGGUACUAUGCACAUGUGCGAACGGCCUCUAUUUCCACAUUGGAGAAACGGAGAGAAAAUGUUUUAUUGAGGAGAUACCCGACGACACUUUGGUAACAGGUAAUUACAAACUUCAGCUGUUUGAUCCUCGGACUGGAGGGUUUAUGCCAUCAUCUCCUGGAUUGGGCAUGCAUGUUGAAGUCAGAGACCCAGAUGAUAAGCCUAUAUUGUCAAGAGUUUACAGCAGUGAGGGCCGUUUCACAUUUACAUCUCACACACCAGGAGAACACGUCAUAUGCUUGUAUUCCAACUCAACUAAAUGGUUCUCUGGUUCUCAGUUGAGAGUUCACUUCGACAUACAAGUUGGAGAGCAUGCCAUCGACUACGCUAAUGUUGCCCAGAAGGAAAAGUUGAGCGAACUACAGUUGCGUGUUCGUCAGCUGCUGGAUCAAGUUGAUCAAAUAGCCAAGGAACAGAAUUACCAAAGGUACCGUGAAGAACGUUUCCGUCAGACUUCUGAGAGUACAAAUCAGCGUGUUCUGUGGUGGUCCAUCGGUCAAGUUUGCAUCUUGGUGGUAAUGGGUUUCUGGCAGAUGCGUCACCUGAAGAGCUUCUUCGAAGCCAAGAAACUAGUCUAAUUGUGAUAUAAAUCAUUAAAUUAUAUUUUUUAUUUUCCAUUUGACUAAAUCUUUAAUUAAACCAAGAAUUGGUUCUAUGUGCAAGUGCUUCUGAAUUGUUGAGAAAUUG